UCCUCCUCCUCCUCUCUCUCUCUCUCUCUCUCUCUCUCUCUCUCUCUUUACAAAUCAGAGAUUUCAUCUCUCUCUUUCGCAAAUGCCUCUACGACGAUCUUUCUUCUCUCGGAGUUUCUCGCGGUCGUUCGGGGACCAGCAAGGGGAAACCGUGGGGGCGAUGGCGGCCGCCGAUGCGGAAGAAUCGUCCUCGCCGCCUCCUCCGCCUCCGGAGUCUGAGAUUACCGGGUCAUGGUCCGCGAUGCUCCCGGAGUUGCUUGGAGAGAUAAUACGUCGCGUUGAGGAGACCGAGGACCGGUGGCCGCAGCGGCGGGAUGUCGUCACCUGCGCCUGCGUUUCGAAGAAGUGGAGGGAGAUCACCAGGGAGAUUGUUAGAUCUCCUGAUACCUCCGGCAAAAUCACCUUCCCUUCUUGUCUCAAACUGCCAGGUCCCCGAGAUUUUCCGAAUCAGUGUCUUAUAAGGCGGAACAAGAGGACAUCGACUUUGUUCUUGUAUCUUGCUCUUACUCCAUCAUUCACUGACAAGGGGAAGUUUCUUCUGGCGGCCCGAAGGUUCAGAAAUGGUGCUUAUACUGAAUACAUAAUAUCCCUUGAUGCUGAUGAUUUCUCUCAAGGAAGCAACGCUUAUGUCGGAAAAUUAAGAUCGGAUUUCCUAGGGACAAACUUCACAAUAUACGACAGUCAACCGCCACACAGCGGGGCAAAACCAUCAAGCCACAGGGCCAGUCGGAGAUUCGCAUCCAAGCGAAUAAGCCCGCAAGUCUCGUCCGGCAACUUCGAAGUCGGGCAAGUCUCCUACAAAUUCAACCUCUUGAAAUCGAGAGGUCCGAGAAGAAUGGUCUGCUCUGUUACUACAUGCCCAGUAAAUACAUCCCUGAACCAGAAGCCGACCGAUUCAGACAAACCCGAGGUAGGAGAAGGGUCUGGUGUGACGAUACUGAAGAACAAAGCGCCGAGAUGGCACGAGCAUUUACAGUGUUGGUGCCUGAACUUCCAUGGGAGAGUGACGGUGGCAUCGGUCAAGAACUUCCAGCUGAGCCAGCCGAGUGGGAAAGGAGACGAAGAGACAGUGCUUCUGCAGUUCGGUAAGGUCGGUGAUGAUACUUUCACUGUUGACUACAGGCAGCCAUUGUCGGCUUUCCAAGCUUUUGCCAUCUGCCUUACCAGCUUUGGCACCAAAUUAGCCUGCGAGUAGAACAAAUAACAAAAAAACAGAAGAAAAAGCUCACCACUAAGCUAAUAUAUAUAUAUAUAUAUAUA